AUGAUAGAAUCACCCUAUUCCGUCAGCAUCCCUCUUGUCGAUGUGAAUUCGUUCGUGUUCUCGUCUGGCACGCCCUCGUCGCGUCAGGCACCACAAUACUUUGACGCUGCGAGACCUGCAAAAUGCUUCAGCUUGGCCGACGCCGAGGGCUAUGUCAAACAGGUUGGCCAAGGCCUGCAAAAGCUCGGGUUGCAAGCAGGAGACAGGGUUCUGUUGUACUCGAACAACCGGCUAUACUUCCCCAUCGUGCUGUGGGCGACCAUUGCGGCUGGCUGCAUCUUCACGGCAGCCUCGCCCACUGCCUCUGUCACUGAGCUCGAAUACCAGCUGCGAGACUCGGGUGCGAAGCUCCUCCUCUCACACCACGACGGUGCUUGUGUUGCCCUAAAGGCCGCGGCCCGAGCGAGCCUGCCAACGACUCAGAUCUAUCUCUUUGGCGACCUGGAUGAGAACAUCCCAAGUCAACUCUCUGGCCGGCUUCAACCAUGGACCAAGCUUUGGUCCUCACCUCAGGAAUCUGCUUCGUGGUCGUGGAAGCGCAUGACUAGCAUGGAUGAACUCGCUUCAACCACGGCAGUCAUCAAUUAUUCGAGCGGAACGACCGGUCUGCCCAAAGGGGUUGAGAUUUCGCACUACAACCUUGUCGCCAACUCCACGCAAUUUCUGUUCAAGCGUAACUUGGUGGCCGAUACACCGCAAGGGCGCGCACGCAAGUCACGGCUAGAUCUGUCAGGAGAACGGUGGCUGGCACCUCUUCCCAUGUAUCACGCAUAUGGCCAGACGUAUUAUUCCAUCAGUGCAGCCCGCCUCGGGGCCAAGGUUUUCAUCAUGGCCAAGUUUAAUGUGGUACAAUAUCUACUUUAUCUGGACAUAUACCGAAUCACCUUCAUGACCAGUGUCCCUGUCAUCUUAACCAUGCUGUGUAAGCAGGACAACCCGCAUCGAUUCAAUCUCAAAGCUGUCGAGGUCGUCACCAGUGGCUCCGCGCCCUUAGAUCCCGGACUGGGGAAAAUGGUUGAGGAUCGAUACCUGCGCUCGAACGUCAAUGUCAAACAAGGCUGGGGCUUGACUGAGACCACCUGUUCUAUCACUGGGUUUGCCCCGGACGAUGAGGAUGACGGUCGAUCGAUUGGCUGGCUGAACCCAAAUUGUUAUGCAAAAAUCGUGCCCGUGGCCGGCCAAGACUUCCAAAAGAGCGGUUUGGCAAACCGUACGAUCGGUGAGAUCUGGGUGGCUGGGCCUAACAUUAUGAAGGGGUAUUGGCACAAGCCCAAAGAGACCUCGGAGACGAUUGUCUACGAAGACGGCCAUCACUGGCUUCGGACAGGGGAUAUAGGCUAUAUCGACGAGCGAGGUCGCAUCUUUAUCGUGGACCGGCUCAAGGAGUUAAUCAAGGUCAAAGGGCUCCAAGUUGCGCCAGCGGAGUUGGAAUUGUCUCUUCUCGCACAUCCGGACGUUAUCGACGCUGCUGUUGUGGGAGCCAAGAUGCUCGGAGUAUCCGAGAGCUUUUGUGGUUCGCAAAACCCCCGUGUUACGGCUGAGUCGCUUUUUGAAUACGUCAAAGAGCGGUUUGCGCCUCACAAGUGGCUCACCGGAGGGGUCUACUUUAUUGACGCCAUUCCCAGAACGGGCAGUGGGAAGGUGAUUCGACGAGCCUUGCCAUCCGUCGAGGCGAAGGCGCGAGGAAAGCUGUGA